AUGGCUAGACCCUCUCGCUCCUCGACUAACGUCAAUGGUCAAGGAGCCCAACUAGCUCGCUCUGCUUCGUGGAUAACCUGGAAAAUGGACCCACCAGCUCAUCUUUUCGAAACCAAUGAACCCCCUUCCGACCACGACGCACGUAUCGUCCGUCAAAUCAUUGCUCAACAGCGGGAACGGGUUUCCAGCCUCGACGGAGACAUUGCGCGAUUACAGAGCAGGCUAAGGAAGCUCGAGAAAGAGCGGCGGGAAAUGAGGGAGCGUAUUGAAGUCAACUUGACUCUGGUUUCUCCCCUGAGGUCGUUGCCGGUUGAAGUGCUGGAGGAUGUCUUUUGGUUCGCUAUUCCUGAACCAAGAGAAAUGUCCACGUUGGAUUUCGACAGGCUGGCGCCAUGGAAUGUUGCUCAGGUUUGUUGGCGAUGGCGCGACGUUGCUCAACGAUUUCCGGGUUUGUGGUCGACUAUUUGCGUCAACCUAUCGGACACACCACCCACUCCUGCGCUUCUUGUCCGACAACUCGAGCUAACAGCCAAUCGACCACUUCACAUAUAUUUUUCCUGUGUCGCGAGCUUGAACCUCGGCUUGAAGCAACUUGCCAUACUCGUCCAACACGCAUCUCGAUGGGAGUUGGCCGACCUCCGAAUCCUUGGCGCGGCACACUCGGAUGUCCAAGCAGUUUUGAAGGGUGUUCAGGGUCGAAUGUCCCGUCUACGCUUCCUGCGGCUCGAAGUACAGUCGUCAGUCCUCUACAGCCAAGUGUCUCCUUAUUUUCGAGACAGCUCCGGCCUCCGACAUCUCACGCUAUUCGAUGCCAACCCGGGGUUGCGUUUUCCUUGGAAACAACUCGCCUCCCUCGAGUUGACCGCCUCGGCCGAGACAAUGUUGCGGAUUCUCCAGCAAUGCCCCAAUCUGAUGGAGUGCCGUUUGCGCCCACUCAACCUUCGCGACUCUUUACUCACCGACAAGAACAUGCUUGUUCAGCUAACGCAUCUGCGAAAAUUCUAUUCUACGGACACCAGGAUCUUCGAGCUCUUGACGCUUCCCGCAUUAACACACCUCUUCCUCCCCCACGAUUGCACUUUACUCGUCAACUCUCUUGUCCAACGCUCUCAAUGCUCUUUGCAACACCUGUAUGCGUUCGAAGGGUGCUCUUCAAGUAUGAUCCGUGGCAUUCUCGCACAAUGUCCAGCCAUUACCACUCUGGGAAUGCAGCUUUCGUCAACGUGGGAGUUGAGCGACAUCCUGCAUAAACUCACGUUCAAGGGGGCCUUCUCCCGCUGGAUACCAGGCAAAUCAGUACUAGCGCCGAACCUCACCACGUUUGGGAUUUCCCUGACGGGCCCGCUCAUCGAGGAUGCUGCUUUAGAAGACAUAUUCGAGACCGUCGAGGCGCGGUCAGAGAAUAAACUGCGCGUAUUUGGGUUGUUUCUUUCGCAUUCUGUCGCUGGAGAUUCGUCGCUGGAAAGGUUGCUGGGCCGGCUGGAGCUGUUAAAGAAGAGGCUGUAUACGCAUAUUGAGUAUGAAGAUGGGGCGAAUAGUAGAUGGGCAGGAGGCUGUGUUCCUGCACUGUUGGACCGCGAGGGUUGGCGCGACCCGAUAGUGUACUUGUCUUGA